CUUCACGCCAAACAGAACGCGGUGACAUGCAAGACCAGCCAAUGAAGUGACAGCCCUUUCAACCCGCAAAAAAGGCCUCGGCCGCAUCCCAACUCGAGUGCGACUGCGAGUCUAUCUUUCUUGAGUUCCCACUUCGCAUGCCUAUCCAAACCCUUCUCCACCACAUCAGCUCGCCAGCGUCGCUCGAGGGCUACCUACCUCUACCGCUUCUCCUUGUCCUACAACUCAAGCAUUCAAGGUCCGUGACCUGACAUAGCAUACACGCACACCUCUUCAAUAGAGGCCCGCCCACCAAUCACUCAGCUCGCCACCCUCCCAAUCUUUGCAAAGCAUGGCCGCCCUUCGCGCAGCUAGCCGUGCUUUGCCUUUGCGCAGCGCUACGGCGCCUCGCGCCCUCGCCCGUGGCUACGCUACGGUCUCCGAGGAGGUGCCUGACAUUGACCCCAAGCUCUUCUCCAAGAAGGUCGACAUGUCCCCGAUGGAAAAGGGCAAGGAAUUCUGGACCAACUACAAGCGCAUUGAUGACAACUUGAAGGUCGUCCGCUCUCGCUUGAACCGCCCUCUCACUUUGUCUGAAAAGAUUGUCUAUGGCCACUUGGAUGACCCUCACGGCCAGGACAUCAACCGAGGCGUCUCUUACCUGAAGCUCCGCCCAGACCGAGUCGCAUGCCAGGAUGCCACUGCUCAAAUGGCCCUGUUGCAGUUCAUGUCUGCUGGUCUUCCCACUGUUGCUGUCCCGACCACUGUCCACUGUGACCACUUGAUCGAGGCGCAAGUCGGAGGUGUCAAGGAUCUGGCCCGCGCAAAGGACAUCAACAAGGAGGUGUACGACUUCUUGGCGACCUGCACUGCCAAGUACGGCAUUGGCUUCUGGCGCCCAGGCAGUGGUAUCAUUCACCAAAUUAUUCUCGAGAACUACGCUUUCCCUGGUGGUCUCAUGAUCGGAACUGACUCUCACACACCCAACGCUGGUGGUCUCGGUAUGAUUGCUUGCGGUGUCGGUGGUGCAGACGCCGUCGAUGUGAUGGCCGACAUCCCCUGGGAGCUCAAGUGCCCCAAGGUUGUGGGUGUUGAGCUCAAGGGCAAGCUGAGCGGCUGGAGUGCGCCCAAGGACAUUAUUCUGAAGGUCGCCGGUGAAUUGACUGUCAAGGGUGGAACCGGUGCGAUCAUCGAGUACAAAGGCCCAGGUGUCGAGAGCCUGAGCGCCACUGGUAUGGGCACAAUUUGCAACAUGGGUGCCGAGAUUGGUGCUACUACCUCCGUCUUCCCCUUCAACGAGCGCAUGGCUGCCUACUUGAGGGCAACUCGUCGUCCAGAGCUCGCGGAGCUGGCUCAAGGCUUCCAAAAGAACCUCCUGCCAGACCAAGGCGCCGAGUACGAUCGUCACCUCGAAAUUAACCUUUCUGAUCUCGAGCCCCACAUCAACGGCCCCUUCACUCCUGAUCUUGCGACUCCCUUGUCCAAGUUCGCUGCGGCCGUCAAGGAGAACAAUUGGCCCGAAGAACUCAAGGUCUCCUUGAUUGGCUCAUGCACCAACUCUUCUUACGAAGACAUGAGCAGGUCUGCCUCGAUCGCCGAGGAGGCAGCCGCUCACGGUCUCAAGGUCAAGUCCCAAUUCACGAUCACUCCUGGAUCUGAGCAGAUUCGCGCUACCAUUGAGCGUGACGGACAAAUGCAGACCCUCAGCGAUGCAGGAGGUGUUGUGCUUGCCAACGCAUGCGGUCCUUGCAUUGGUCAAUGGGACAGGCAAGACGUCAAGAAGGGCGAGAAGAACUCGAUCAUCACCAGCUACAACAGAAACUUUACCGGCCGUAACGACGCCAACCCGGCUACCCACGCAUUCGUCGCAUCUCCAGACCUUGUCACCGCCAUGGCUUUUGCAGGAUCCUUGACCUUCAACCCUUUGACCGACUCGCUCAAGGGCGCUGACGGCAAGGAGUUCAAGUUCUCUGACCCGACCGGUAAGGAGCUGCCACCCCGCGGCUACGACCCGGGAGAGGAGACCUUCCAGGCUCCUCCCGAGGACCGCGCUUCCGUUCAAGUGGCCAUCGACCCCAAGUCUGACCGUUUGCAAUUCUUGGACGCAUUCGCACCUUGGGAUGGAAAAGACCCUGAGGGCCUGCCCGUCUUGAUCAAGGCCAAGGGAAAGUGCACAACUGACCACAUCUCGGCUGGUGGACCUUGGCUCAAGUACCGUGGCCACUUGCAGAACAUCUCCAACAACUGCUUGAUCGGUGCCAUCAAUGCCGCCAACGACAAGGCAAACGAGGUUCAAAACCUCAAGACUGGCGAGUGGGGCCCUGUUCCUGCCACCGCCGCAUACUACCGUGACACCUUGAAGAAGCCUUGGGUCGUCAUUGGUGACUCCAACUACGGAGAGGGCAGCUCUCGUGAGCACGCCGCGCUUGAGCCGCGCUACCUUGGAGGUUACGCCGUCAUCACAAGAUCUUUCGCCCGUAUCCACGAGACCAAUUGCAAGAAGCAAGGUCUCCUGCCCUUGACCUUCAAGAACGAGGCUGACUACGACAAGGUUCAACCCGAGGACCACGUCGACUUGAAGGGCGUUAAGGAGCUCGCUGAGGGCUCCACCAUCACCCUUGUUGCUCAUCACAAGGACGGCAGCGUCGAUGAGAUUCCUCUCGUUCACUCCUUCAACCCUGGUCAAAUCGAAUGGUUCAAGGCAGGGUCCGCACUCAACUUGAUGGCUGCCAAGGCAAAGGCACGCGCUAGCGCGUAAAGGUCUUCUCGUCCCAUAGAUCUCACACUCCAGCUCGCCUUCCCCAAUACUUUGCGCUCGAGGCACCGCAAACCACUUCCCCCAAAAAAGAUUUACCCAAAUCUUUUCACCUCGUUUCCGGUGUCCUAUAUUCUGCAAUGUGAUUUCUCGUACACAGAA